CGUUGCCAAAGAAACUUGGUAACCGUGUCACGUAUAUAUCGCGUAAACAGUACGAGCAGAGGAGUUCACCUGAUCGAGCGAGCAAGCCAGCAUGCCUCGCGAACAAAAUAAAAAUUCCUCGGCUUCAUCUUUGUGGAGGCGUAAAGCCUACGAACGUCAUCGUUUAAAAGUAGAGAAGGCUACGCGAGCGAUCGACGUCGAUCCGCCGCAAACAAGACCUCACGUAGCUUUCAACGCGAAGGGUUUGCAGCUGGAACGCGAGAAACAAGAUCGUAUCGCGCGAGAGAAUUUCAUACUUUUGAGGAAACUUCGCGACAUCAUGCAACGAGAACGACCCGCUGAGAAGAGCUACAGAUUGAAAUUGGACGAAGCCAGAUGCAUCAGAACUCGUUGAUGGAUUUAUGGCUGAUCGAUAUAUAUCUCUCUGCGUUGUUAUUCCAUUUCACUCUACGGUUUGUACUUUCGUAAUAAACAAGUGAACGUGAAUCUUGCCUUUGACUCGCCUGCGAAACGUUGACAUAAGGUUAAUUGCUCUUAUUCG